AUGUACCAGUCUUGCCCUUCGUUUUUCAUUCGUUUCUGCAAAAUCAGCACCUCUAACCGGUCACCGCCGCCAUUAUGCCAUUGCAAGUUAGCCGGCAAAGUAGCCAUUGUCACCGGCGGCGCCAGUGGUAUCGGCGAAGCAACGGCGCGCCUCUUUGCUGAUCAGGGUGCGCGUGUGGUGGUGAUCGCAGACGUCCAAGACGAGCUCGGCAACGAGGUUGCGGCGUCCAUUGGAACCCUCAGCAACGCUGGUAUUCUCAGCCCCUCCGAUCAGACCAUCCUUGACCUCAACUUCUCCGAAAUGGACAGUUUAUUUGCGGUCAACGUAAGCGGGAUGGGGGAGUGUGUGAAGCACGCAGCUCCGGUGAUGGUGGAGAAGUGCGUGAGGGGGAGCAUAUUGUGCACGUCAAGGGUGGCGGGAAGCGUCGGUGGUUUGAGGGGGACUGAUGACUACUGCAUGUCGAAACACGCGGUGGUGGGGCUGAUGGGGGCGGCGAGUGUGCAGCUGGCGGCGCGUGGGAUAAAGGGUGAACAGCGUGUCACCCAAUGGACUGGUGACGCGACUGAAGUGCAAGGCACCUGGAAUUAG